CUCCCCCUGUGUGUAGGGGCGGGGCCAAGGAGCGGCGGCUGCAGAGGGGAGGAGGAGGAGGCGGCAGCCCAGCGAGCAGUGUGCGAGUGUUUCUUCUGUUCUGCCAGCGCCUUUCCCUUCACUUGAUCCGCUGCCGCACUGCAACUUAUGGCUGGGGGUCGGCGAGGCCACGGCUUGAUCCUGGGGGCAGCGGGGGCUUAAGGACAAGGCCCCCAAUUGUAGCGACAGACUUGUCAUUUGGUCGCGCCACCAGGGAAAGCGUUUCUGCCGGCAGCUCCCGACUCCCUAGUAACCAUGACCGCCCGCAAGAAAUCCACGUCCUGGCAGGAGGAAGUAGCGAGGGGCUUCUCAAGGUUCUUCUCCAGAUCUUCAUCCCAGGAACUAGAGAAAGAGGCUGAUAAUCCCUCUGGAAAUGAGCAGGAGCAGCCAGAUUCCACAUUAUCCAGGUUCUUCUCCAGAGCAUCACCUCCAGACAAGGACAAGAAGUUGGCCAGUGAGAAAUCUUCCUUAGAGGAAAGUACAGAAGGAGACCACCAGAGCCCAUCCAGGUUCUUCUCCAGAGCAUCAUCUCAAGACAAGGACAAGAAGUUGGACAGUGAGAAAUCAUUCCUAGAGGAAAGUACAGAAGGACACCAGAGCCCGUCCUGGUUCUUCUCCAGAAUAUCAUCUCAAGAAAAGGACAAAAAGUUGGCCAAUGAGAAAUCGUCCUUAGAUGAAAGUGCAGAAGGACACCAGAGUGCAUCCAGGUUCCUCUCCAGAGUAUCAUCUCAAGACAAGGACAAGAAGUUGGACAGUGAGAAAUCAUCCCUAGAGGAAAGUGGAGAAGGACACCAGAGCCCAUCCUGGUUCUUCUCCAGAGUAUCAUCUCAAGACAAGGACAAAAAGUUGGCCAGUGAGAAAUCGUCCUUAGAGGAAAGUACAGAAGGACACCACCAGAACCCAUCCAGAUUCUUCUCCAGAGCAUCAUUUCAAGACAAAGACAAAAAGUCAAACAGUGAGAAAUCAUCCUUAGAUGAAAGUACAGAAGGACACCAGAGCCCAUCCAGGUUCUUCCCCAGACCAUUAUCACAAGACAAGGACAAAAAUUUGGCCAUUGAGAAAUCGUCCUUAGAUGAAAGUGCAGGACGCCAGAGCCCAUCUAGGUUCUUCUCCAGAGCAUCAUCUCAAGACAAGGACAAAAAUUUGGCCAGUGAGAAAUCGUCCUUAGAGCAAAGUACAGAAGGACACCACCAGAGCCCAUCCAGGUUCUUCUUCAGACGCACAACCCCUGACAAGGAGACCAAGGACAAAUCAUUGACACCAGAGGAGCAGGAAAAGGGUCUGAACUUGUCAAAACUGUUCAACAGAGGGACACCGCAGGACAGCAAAAAUGUAUCCAAUACUGAGGAGCGAGACACCUUCAGCUCCAUCACAAGGCACCUCUCAGUGACGUUCUCUCAGGACGAUGAACGUGACACAGCCAAGAGCAAAACAACCAAAAUCAACCUGAGCAGCCAAGAAGAUAAGAACCCCAUCACAGUGAGGGAUAACAAUGAAAAUGUGCCUGUCAGAGAAGCAGAUCAGAAUAUUUCAAAAACGGAAGAGGAAAGCAGGAUGGAUUGGAACCAUGAUGGCAAAUCUCCCAUUCAGGAAAAGCAACCAAAGGAGAAGAUCCUAGAGUUCUUUGGACAAUUCUUCAGCUUUAGCUCAAAAUCUCCAAUGGCUAGUCCCAAGCAGACCCCAGGUAACCAAGAUCAUUGCAGGGAAAGCCAAGAUGAACCAUUUAAAAAUAACCUGGAAGAAGAGUUUGUAACAGUGGAACAGUCGUUCCAGGAACCUGAUGGGGUUGCUCAGGCCACAGAGGAUAAACCUGCUAAUAGAGAAAUAGACCUUGGAACCAGUGACAGGAAGCAGAAAGAAGAAAAUUCAUCCCAAGAACUGAAGCCUAGUCCGACAGCUUCUCCAGUACAAAGGACUUCUAAUCUGGAAGCACCAUCUAUAACAUAUGGCACCUACCGAGGGUCCAAAAAAAUAAGAAAGCUUCUCAGAAGAAGAGCUGAUGUCAAUUCUCCAAUCCCUGAGAAAGAAGAAGUCACUGACACAGAGACAAUCCCUUCCAUGCUUGAUUAUAGUACUGAUAGUGAGAUAACCUCAUAUACUGAUGCAGAACUGUGUGGAGGACCUGAUGAGCAAACAGCAAAUCUAAAAAACAGUAGCACACUGCCAUCUUAUCUAGAGAGGAACACAAAGUCCGAAGAACCUUUGCAGCCAGAAUCAUAUUCACAUUCAAAUAAAAGAUAUGCAGUUGACUUACAAGGAAACUCAGAAACUGUAACACUUUUACACCAUAGUGUAAGGGAAGAAACCAUUAUUUCAAUUGGCCUACAAACAGAAGAUCACGAAGAACAAGAAGACAGAAAUCAAGGAAUCCCAAAUAGAAUACAAAGCUUUAUUGUGGAUUCACAACCAGAUAUCACCCCCAUAAAUGGUAAUAAGCAAAUUUUAAAAUUGAAUGGAACAUCUGAAGAUGAAUCAUCAAAACAAAACAGAUCCACAAUAAAUAACUUGCAAGGAGAUAUAGAGGAUAAUUCUGGUUAUGUAGAAGCUCCUCAAAAGGAAACAAAUCCUCCGGUAGAACUAGCUGCAGAUGAAAAGCCAAAGACAAUUACAAUUUUGCAAAAUGAUGCAGGUGACAUAUCAAACAGGACAGAUACUGUGCAACCCCAUGAAGUCAAAUACUCAAAGAAAAGUGGUGUCUCACUGUCACUUGCUGACAAUAACUCAAAUAUUAUAGAGUUAUCCAGUUAUUCAUCCAGUUCUACAGGAAAUAAUAUUUUGGUUAAUGAUGUUGAUGAUUCCACCAAAGAAAUGAAAUUCUCUUUACAUGAAGAUGCCAAGUUAACUCAUGAAAUGCUCUCCACUCCUCAGUUCCCUGGUCCCUUAGAGAGUGAUAAUGACAACAAUUCCAUAAGUUCUGAUGGUGACUUUGAGAAAUUACAGCACAACAAAUCUAUCACUUCACAUUUUGUACAGUCUCAGACACUGGAUAGCCUAUCAGUUGAAAAAAGCUAUAAAACGUCCAACCCUCCGUCCAAUAAACAUUGGACACAUGUUUAUGUACAAGAAUCUUUAGACAAUGUCAACCCUUCUGGAAAACCAGAUAUCAAUGAGAUACCUCAUGCUGAAGAAGUUCUCAUUACUGCUGAUAAUAAUAUUUCAGAUGAUCGCAACAAGCAGCUUAUAAACGUGCCCCCUGAGGCGGCCACCAGUUUUAACUUGAGUGCAUCUUUCAGUGAUUCUGAUCUUCAAAAAGUUUAUGCAAACUCACUGAGCAACAUUUGUUCUUUAUCUAGUUCAUCUUUAAAUGAAGGAAAUAUAAGAGAAGCUGAUUCAUUUGAUGAGGGCCAUUCUCCUACUUUUGCCAUUCCUUCUAGCUCUUCUUCGUUUGUCAGUGCAUGUGUCGAUGAGCAGCGUAAGGGACCUUUGCCUUCUUCUGAUAGUGUUGAUUCAGGGCUUAUAUCAUCAGCCUGUACACCAGAUGAAGUUAUUAUUUACAAUAAUUAUAAGCCUGAAACACUUGCCCUUGAUGACCAAGGAAACAAUAAAAUUGUAGAGUCAGAUAAAACAGUGCAUAAUGUAUUUAAUUUAAAAACCGUAGAGGUUAAAAAUACAAAUCAAGUGGACUACAUACCUACAACAGAAAAUGUUAGAGUCCUAAGUGAAUCAAAUACAAUUCAGGGUACAAAUGUAGUAAUUGUAAACAAUAUCACACCAAAGUUGGGAAAUAAUACAACCACUGAAAAAACUGUUCCUUCACUUAAAGAAAGAAUCGGAAAGCUUUCCUCUAAUCAGAUUUCCGAACCUAACUCAAAAGAUGUCUACUUUGCAAAAGUUUCUGUAAAAUCUAUAGAUGUUAAGGAGGUGAGGAAAAUUGCUCCUCAUAAUCUUCAGUCAGAAAUCAUAACAACCAGCAAACUUCCAACUCCUACUUUUGAGUCAGAAUAUAUACAAUUAUCAAUACCACCCCCUCCGCCUAUUGACAGUGAUCUCCAAGGUUUUCAGCAGGACCAAGAGAAAAGUUCCUUCAAACAUUUUAAUCCAAAAGAUGAUACCGCUUCUAAUGUACAACCAGACAUUGAAGUUGCAAGGGUACUAACAAGUACAUCACCUGAUGUGACCAUAGAAAAUAUAAAAAAUAACAAUAUUACUGCUCUCAUGAGAGCAAGUAAUGACAAUUUUAUAAAUAUGUCAUCCCUUGUAGGGACACAUGAUAAUGAAAUAGAUAAGAUAUUGUCCAUUUGUGUUUCUGAAAUGGAAACUAAAGAUGUAAAUCUACAAGAUGCUCAGAAAGAGCCAAAGGAAACUAAUAUAUAUUUUUCAUUACAAGCUAAAGUAAAUGUCUCCCAUGAAAUACAUGGAAAACCUCCAGCUUUACCCAUGCAUUCUACAAUUACCGUUGAGAAGGAUACUUUCCAGGUGGCAACAGAAAAUUCAGAAUUUUAUGAUACCUUACUAAAGCAAAAAGCUAAUGAAAUUAUUUGCACUGUUCUAAAUAAAGCUGUGGAGGAAAUUGCCCCCAAUAAUUCUACAACCGGUUCUAUAAUAUCUCUGAGUAAUGAAAACUCAGACAUAGAGGCUAUACAGUUAAAUUCAGCAAAUGUAGAGGAAAAUGCUGUUUUGGAUAGUUUUAAUUGUAGUCCUGCAAUUAUUUCAAAUGAAGUUCCUUCAGAUCCAAGUUUAGAAUCAGUAAUACCAAUUAUGCAGGAAACUUUACUUGGUACGCAAAAAGAGCAUAGCAAUGAAGCUGAAACAACAGGUAAAAUAUACAUUUCUAACAAUUCUACGCUUGAUCAUGAAAACUAUCAAUUCAGUAUAAAUGAAUUUGGCCUUGACACCGAAAAAAUUCCUAAAGAGCUUGGACAUUUGGAUGAUAUAUUGCUUUCACAUACACAAAAUUAUGGAACUAAUGUUGAUGAACUAUUGACAUCUCAUGAAGCCCUAAAAGUUGACCAUGCCAAGGUAGACACAAAUGAACUUUCAUCCACAUCAGAAAAUUAUAGAACUAAUUUUGGUGAAAUUAACCACUCAGCUAAGGAACUAUUGAUACAAACAUCUGAUGAAGCCCUAAAAGUUGACCAAUCCAAGGAAGGCAUGAAUGAACUUUUAUCCAUAUUACGAAAUAAUAUACCUAGUGUUGAUGAAAUUAACCACUCAACUAAUGAAUUAUUGACACAAACAUCUGGUGAAGCCCUAAAAGUUGACCAAGUCAAGGAAGACACAAGUAAACUUUUAUCUGCAUCAGAAAAGGAUAGAACUAACUUUGAUGAAAUUGAGCACUCAACUAAGUCAAGUAAUGAGCUAUUGACACAAAAAUUUGACGAAGCUCUAAAAGUAGACCAAACCAAGGAAAAUACAAAUGAAAAUCAGAAUUGUGAACAAGGAGCCACAUUUGUUGUGUCUGACAUUAUAGGAGUGAAGCACACAUCUUGUGAUAAUUUUCAAAAUGCCGCAGACAGUGGUUUAGGAGGAGUCAUCCAAGAAAAGGCAUUUGCAGAUGAAUCAUACCAAGUUACCAAUCAAAUGUAUCCAAAAAGCAAUGAUCCUUUUGUUUCCAUGGCCAAUGAAAUAGUUUGUGAUAUUAUCACCUCUGCUACACAAAAUGUAACUUCUGGUAUGCUACAAGCCAGUUUGAACAAGAACAUAGAUGGGAAAAUUCAAUCUGAAAUUGAAAUGAACAGUGCUAGUGUGAGCUUGACUGGGGCCGGUAGUAUAGCUACUCAGAACACAGAAAAUUCAAAGACAAUUAUAUCAUUAUAUGAAUUAGAGAAGGAUUAUAAUAUAACUGCUGAGUUGACCAACACUGAUGGUGAGCAGAACCAGGACAAUUCCACACUAGAAGGAACUGUAAAUGGCUUUGAUAUAAUCACAAAAGUGUCAAUACCUACACAUAGUCCACAUUUAGGAUGGUCCCUAGGCACAGAUGAAGAUUUUGACUCUUAUGAAUGCAUGAAUAAUACAGAUGUACACUCAGGUGAGAUAGUAGGAGAAGCUGUCCACAUGGUGGCUACAGACACAGACUUUCUCAGUCCCUUACAGUUUUCUAUACAUCAGGCUCAUGUAAUUGAAAUAAGUGAAAAUGAUGAUGACCAAGAUAAUAAUGAAUAUUAUGUGUGUGACAGUGAAGAAACUUCUGAUCAAGAUUCAUAUUUUGUUGUCCAUGCUAGGCGGAGAAGGAUUUAUCCUUUUUCUUUGUCCCCAAUAUAUGAAGAUGAUAGUUCUUCUGAGGAUAUUUUAUCCACAAGUGCAUCACCAAAGAACUCUGAAGCAGAUCAUUCAAACUGCAGUUCAAUCUUAACGCUUCUUCAGUCUGUGUCAGAUCGCUUAAAACAAACCAACAUAUUGGAUAAUGAAGAAGUAUCUCAUGAGGAAUGCAGUUCAUUGCCUGAUAUGAGUGCACACAGUUUAGAUGGACAUUCAAAUAUGGAUGGAGCUGAGAAAACUGAAGAUGUGUCUAAAACACAAGUUGUUGAUCAACCAGUAUUUUCACACUCACAAAUUCCUACACGAUCCAGUUUAUUCAUAACUAAAACUAUGCCAGAAAUUAAGUCUCUGGUAGGUACAGGACGGCAGUCCAUACUCAUGCACUUGACCAAGAAAUCAAUCGUCUUAAAUUCAAAACGUAGUGGUGAAACCUUGUCACCUACAGCAGUUGAGGAAGGUUUGCCUUUACAAAAAUUAGAGGAUUCCAAUUUAAACACAGAGUCUGCUGCAAUUCCACCCCUUGUAAAUCAAUCAGCUGUACUGGUAGAAGAAUCAAGUAAACCUAAUCAAAAAUUUGAAGUGGAAGUAAAAUCACACCUGGAAUCAAGAAAUGUCCACUAUCAGUCUAAUCUGAACAGUCAAAAUAAUGCAAGGCCUCCAGAACCUAAAACCGUUAAUUGUCAAGAAAACAUAGACACUUCUAAACAAGAUGAUUCACUAAUUCUAAUUAAUCCAAAAUGUAGUGUUGAAGGCUCUUUACCUCCAACUCUUGAGGACAGUUCUUCUUUACAGAAGGAAGUGAAUUCCAGUCUUCUAAACUCUAAGUCUAAGACAGAGGUUGUCUCAAGCCCAUCUCCUUCUACAUCACAAACAGCUUCAGAAUCAGUUCUACCCAUCCAAGUACCUGAAGUUGAACCCAAGUCACACCACACGAUGCUGAAAAAAUGUCCAAGCCCUCCAGAAAUUAAAAGAGAUGAUUUUCAGAAGUUAGAACAAGAUCAUUCCUUAAAAACACAAGCUCCCCUGAUGAGCCCUGAACAGCCAGAAACCAUAAGGUACAACCCGAGGCCUGGAAAAGUGGUUCUCUCUGAUAUCCUCCAUCCUGAAAACAAGAUUGAAGUGAAUGCUGAUGUUACUGGUGCAUCCUCUUGGAUAUUCCCAAAUGGAGUAAACAUCCGAGUAAUUAGAGGAUGCUGGAUUCUGUAUGAAAAACCAAGCUUUGAAGGCCUUUCUCACGUGCUGGAGGAAGGAGAAGCUGAGUUGUCCUACCUUUGGGAAGCUCCACAAUCCACGUCUGAGCCAAAUAGGAUUAUAAUCGGUUCCAUCAAGAGAGUUGUUAAGGACUAUAUACCAGAGAUAAUACUCUCUCCACAGUAUCCCAUUAUUGGCUCGUCGAUUCAUCUGCGAACAGAAGUCCCGUCCAUAGAAAGCCUGAGCUGUCACAUACAUCAUUCCUUGGUGGUGAAGUCAGGAGUUUGGCUGGCAUAUUCCCAGCCUCAGUUUAACGGUCCCGCGACUGUCCUAGAAGAAGGCUCUGAAAUACCUGAAAUUCAGGAAUACGGUAUCAGAUCUGUCCGCCCUCUAAAAAUGGGAGGAUUAAAAGUGCAGAUGCCCAGCGAUCCGAAGAUAAUCCUCUAUGAGAAGCCGUAUUUUGAAGGGAAGUUUAGAGAAUUUGCUGAGCAUAUUUACUGCAUAAAAUCUCUCUUUUCUGAUGACGACGAGCAAGAAAUUGGAUCUAUUCGAGUCCUUGGGGGCAUAUGGGUUGGCUAUGAUCUGGAAAGGUUUAAGGGGCGACAGUAUCUCCUAGAAGAAGGAGAGUAUCCAGACUGGCAGUCGUGGGGCGGAAGUCGCAGCAGUCUGCACUCCAUGCGAUAUCUCCAAGCUGACUUCAUGGAGACAUCUGUUACUCUUUAUGAAUCAGACAGAGAAGAUCUGAAACAACUCGAGGCUUUCAAUCUGGGGAUUCCUGACGUGGAACAGGCUGGCUACGGCCCAGAAACCCAAAGUAUUCAUGUGAAAAAGGGAAUGUGGGUUGCCUAUGAACAGAAGCAUUACUGCGGGGAGCAGUAUAUCCUGGAGAAAGGCAGAUACAAGAGCUGCGCAGACUGGGGAGGAAAUAAUAACACAAUUAUGUCAAUAAGACCAGUUCUGUUGGAACCUCAUGGGAGCAAUGAGCCUAAACAUUUGAUAAAAUCGUACAGUGGCGUGAAUUUCCGGGGAGAGUGCGUGGAUUUCACAAAGGAAGUGUCCGAUUUUAAGUCCUUUACACCCAGCUCAUUUAAGGUGUUAAGAGGAUGCUGGCUCUUGUGUUACCAAGGGGACACGUCUGACAACCUGUGUGUGCUUGAAGAGGGGCAUUUUCCUGACAUGGUAUCCUGUGGCUGCCCGGCAGCUGUGAUCAAGUUUAUCCAGCCAAUAGAUUAUGUGUUUGCUGAGCCCUCCCUCAGUCUGUUUUCCCUGGAUUCGUGUGAGGGGAGAGAGCUGCACUUUGAGGAGGCUGUAAAUUCUGUACUCAGUCGGGACCUUCACUUUUAUACCCAGUCAGUGUGGGUAAGAAGUGGACUGUGGAUUGCCUAUGAAGAAGCCCAUUUCUUAGGAAGACAAAUACUACUGGAAGCUAAGAAAAUUCUCAACUGGGCAGAAUUCAGUGGUUGGAAUGCCAUCGGCUCCCUCCGACCUUUAAAGCAGCCAGCCGUGUAUUUAAGGAUUAAGAAUCGGCACAAUAACAAAUACUUGACUGUUACUGGAAAUCUAGCGGAUACCAGAGCCAUGUCUGUUUGUGUAUCUCCCAGGAACGGGCCGAGCACUCAGAUAUGGUAUUUCUGCAGAGGCCUUUUGAAAUCUAAGGCCAGUGACACAUGUCUAGAUAUCAUAGGAGGCAAAAAUAUUCCGGGUUCAAAAGUCUCUCUGUGGACAGAGCUGGGAAAGCUCAGACAGAAAUGGAGGAUCCACAAAGAUGGGACAAUUGCAUCGUAUAUAAGUGAGGAACUUGUUCUGGAUCUAAAAGGUGGAAACUACUACGAUCAAAAUCAUAUAGUCGUAAAUAACCUCCAGCCGGGUCUUUCCACCCAGAAAUGGGACAUUGAAAUAUUAUGAUGGGCAAUCGCGCUCGAGCUGGGACCACUGAAGAUCUCCUUGGCAUCCUCUGCAAAUACUUCGAGCACAAAAAGGAAACUACUGAAGUCGUAUCCCACUGGAAUGCCUUACAAUAAAUCACCACUGGCCCCAAGAAAGUGGAUAUAUAUGGAGAUGAGGACUUGCUGUUUUAAGCGAUCACUGGUUAAAGAAAUCCCCCGAAGAAGUCUUUUCUUUCUACCUUGGCUGUAUCCCUUGUGCUUCUACAGCUCACUGCUAUGGAAACUCUUCAUAGGGAAAAACACACUCAUUGGUUUCCUGGCUUCUUCCUGUUAGUAAUGACUCCUGUUUUUCCUAAUCUGGCGGCUCAUAAAAGGAAAAUACCAUACGGCCAAAAAAAGGGUCUUUUUCAUUACUGCUUAAACUGCUUACUGUACAAACACUCAUUUAUAAUAGAAAUAUCUACGGUAUAUUGUACAUACGUAGCAUAGAAAGGAAAUGUAUAUUUUUACCUGUAUCAUAUAUAUAUAUAUUUGUUUGUACAGGAUAUAUAAAAAAAAUCUAUUUAUAAAUGCCUUGUACUUUACAUGUAGAUAUGUAAAUCCAGUCUGGCGAGCUCAUGUCACUCAUAGUAUUUGGUUCAUUUGACGUUUGGACAGGUUGGAAGGAUGAGUUUUCCCUUGUGGUCCUUAUACGGGUCCUUAUAGAAUGCUCGGGACCUGUGGUUUUCUGGAUAACAGAUAAUACAUAAUUUGGAUCUUCAUGCCUUAAGUCUACUAGAAAAUCAUGUAAACAUUAAAUAAACCC